AGAGCGGGGGCCCCGCUGCCGCCGCCGCCGCCAUGGUCUCCCUGGGAGCAGAGCCGCGCUGAGCGGGAGCGCGCCCUCGCCUCGCCGGGAGGGACACGGAGGCCGCCGAGGAAGAGGAGCCGCGCAGGACCCGCCGAUUGCCAGGAGCUGCUGCUGCCGGAGCCAAUGGCCUACACCACCGGCUCUCCGCCUUCGCCGCCCGUCGGGCCCCAAUAUUGCGUCUGCAAAGUCGAACUCUCCGUCUGCGGCCAAAACCUUCUCGAUCGCGAUGUGACCUCUAAAUCUGACCCUUUCUGCGUCUUAUUUCUGGAAGUCGAUGAAAAAUGGACGGAGAUCGACCGGACGGAAACGGCCGUGAACAACCUCAACCCGGCUUUCUCCAAGAAGUUCAUUGUCGAGUUCCGCUUCGAGGAGGUUCAGAAGCUGAAAUUUGCUCUGUUUGACCAGGACAAGUCCAGCACGCAGCUCUACGAACACGACUUCCUGGGGGAGUUUUCCUGCACUUUGGGCUCGAUUGUUUCAAGCAAGAGGAUCACCAGGACCCUCCUUUUGGGGAACGGGAAGCCCGCCGGAAAAGGGACGAUCACGGUCGCGGCCCAAGAGCUCUCCGACAACAGAGUCAUCACCCUCAGCAUGGCCGGCAGGAAGCUGGACAAAAAGGAUUUGUUUGGGAAAUCAGACCCAUUUCUAGAGUUUUAUAAACCCGGGGACGAUGGGAAAUGGAUGCUGGUGCACAGGACGGAGGUGAUUAAAUACACGCUGGACCCCGUCUGGAAGCCGUUCACUGUGCCUUUGGUCUCUCUGUGCGACGGAGACGUCGAAAAGCAGAUCAAGAUUAUCUGCUACGAUUACGAUAACGACGGCGGCCACGACUUCAUUGGGGAUUUCCAGACCUGCGUUGCCAAGAUGUGCGAAGCCCAAGAUGCCUUUGCAGUAGAAUUUGAAUGCAUUAACCCCAAAAAGCAGAAGAAGAAGCGGAGCUACAAGAACUCCGGCAUCAUCAUUGUCAAAUCCUGCAAGAUCGCUAGAAAUUACUCCUUCCUGGACUACAUCCUCGGGGGCUGCCAGUUAAUGUUUACGGUGGGGAUCGACUUCACGGCCUCCAACGGGAACCCCCGGGACCCCACCUCCCUGCACUACAUCAGCCCCAUGGGCACCAACGAGUACCUCUCGGCCAUCUGGGCCGUCGGGCAGAUCAUCCAAGACUACGACACAGACAAAAUGUUUCCUGCCUUGGGUUUUGGAGCCCAGUUGCCGCCCGACUGGAAGGUGUCUCAUGAGUUUGCCAUCAACUUCAACCCCACCAACCCUUUCUGCCUUGGUGUAGACGGCAUCGUCCAGGCCUACUCCACCUGCCUGCCACACAUUCGCUUCUAUGGGCCGACCAACUUUUCCCCCAUCAUCAACCACGUGGCCCGAUUCGCAGCCCAGGCCACGCAGCAGCCGGCGGCAACGCAAUACUUCAUCCUCCUGAUCAUCACGGACGGCGUCAUCAGCGACAUGGACGAGACCCGUCACGCCAUCGUCCAGGCCUCCAAGCUGCCCAUGUCCAUCAUCAUCGUCGGGGUCGGGAACGCGGACUUUGUGGCCAUGGAGUUCCUGGACGGAGACAGCCGCAUGCUCCGCUCUCACACCGGGGAGGAGGCCGUGCGCGACAUCGUCCAGUUUGUGCCCUUCCGCGAAUUUCGCAGCGCGCCCAAGGAGACCCUGGCCAAAGCGGUCCUGGCGGAGCUCCCGCAGCAGGUGGUCCAGUACUUCAAGCAGCAGAACCUGCCGCCCGUCAACUCAGAACCGGCCUAGGGAGGGAGGGGCCCCCGCUCUCCGCCUGCAUGUCCCCCAAAACGUGCCAGUCCCGGGCUGCAUGCCUCACGUGGUUUCAGAGCGUUUCGUAUUUUUUUAUUUAAAUGAGUUUAUUUUAAAUACAAACCAACCCAGAUCUCCCUUGAAAACGCAACACAAGCAGAGUCUGGAUCGCAGCUCACAAAGGAAUCCCGUUUCCAGUCCAGGAUGCCUCCUCUCCUCGCUAACUCCAAGAACCCGUUUUUAAGUAUCUGAAUGUACUUUGUAUGGUUUCCUUUUGUUGGAACAGGAAAACAUUUCUACAACCGGAACUCGGUUUUUCCCCGCAGGCUGUCAAAUUAUGAUUGAUGUCUCCGUGCCCAAAGAAACGUGGACAGUUUGUGGAUGUGUCGUACUUGUACUUCUCAUGCGCCAUCUGUCGUUUUUAUACCGUGUACAUGUUCCUCUUUGUAAUACUCAGGUUAAUAAACAGACUUGGACUCUUUGCAGCUUCA